CUUCGGAAAUCUUUUGUGUAGCGUUGAGUAACAGUAACAACAACAUUAGAAUAUUAUGAAAAGAGCGUAGUGCCACUGCUCUCAGUGAACCGACUCCAUCAAAUCCUUUGCUUUGCCAUCACGCUUCGUCUGCGUCCAUCAUGGCCACUGCGAAGCUUCAAAAGUUCGCGCAUAAGCCACGCGUCUUCAUCCUGUCAGACAUCUCCAAUGAACCCGACGAUGCCGAGUCGCUGUGUCGCUAUCUUUUGUAUGCCAACCAGUUUGAGACGGAAGGUCUGGUGGCGUGUACGAGCACGUGGAUGAGGAACAAAGUCUGUCCACAGGAUAUGGAGAAGAUCAUUGAUGCGUAUGCCAAUGCGGUAGGCAAUUUGAACCAGCAUGCACAUCCAGAAUGGCAGUAUCCUAGCGCGCAGAGAAUGCGCAGUCUCAUAAGAAAGGGCGCUGAGACCUAUGGAAUGUCCGCGGUCGGCAUCGAUCUUCCCCUCUCGGCCGGUGGUCAGCUCCUUUACGAACGCAUACUCGCACCGUCGACUGAGCCCCUUUGGGUACUUUGUUGGGGCGGAACAAACACCCUUGCUCAAACGCUGCUGAAGAUCGAUGAUAAAUAUCCCCCUGAGGAUUCGAAGCGUCUGCUCUCACGCCUUCGAGUCUAUGCCAUAUCCGACCAAGAUGACACAGGUGCUUGGAUACGCACAAAUUUCCCAGACGUCUUCUAUAUCGCGUCCGUGCAUGGUUGGAAUCAAUACGGCUUAGCAGCGUGGACUGGUAUUUCUGGCGACAAGUACUAUGGAUUUGAUGAGGGAGGCCCUGAUUUUACGAAGAUGGAGAAGAGUUGGAUCAAAGACAACAUCCAGAUUGGUCCACUAGGCAGCGCAUAUCCAGACUACCUCUUCAUCCCUGAGGGUGAUACGCCCACCUUUCUGUAUCUCAUUCAGAAUGGUCUGGGCGUACCCGAGUGUCCCGACUACGGCUCCUGGGGUGGCCGCUAUGCGAAGACUGACAUAAGCACCGAAGGUGUGAAUAGCAACCACUUCAGUGACGCUGUUGACCGCGUCAAAGUCAGAGAUCGUACAUUCACUUCAAACCAUGCAACUAUCUGGCGCUGGCGCGAUGCUUUCCAAAAUGAUUUUGCCGCACGCAUCAAGUGGAGCAUGGAGCCAGACUUCACCAAGGCGAAUCACCACCCAGUCGUAAUCGUCAACGGCGCCAAGGACCUCACGCCCGUACGCAUCGAUGCAGAGGCCGGCUCGACUGUCGUUCUCGACGCGGCCGGCACUUAUGAUCCCGACGGGGGCGCGCUGACUUUCAAGUGGUGGCAUUAUCGCGAGCCCACCGCAACACAGUGGUGGGUCGACGCCGAGGUCAUGGAACUUGCCAUCAAGCCUAUCGACACUGAGGCUCGAAAGGUAGAAGUCACCAUUCCGCCGCCCGAGAAGUGUGCCGUCGAUUUGAUGAGUCGCAAGCCGCAGGAAAGGGGCCAGUUGUUGCAUUUGGUACUAGAGGUUACGAAUGACGGGCUACCGAGCUUGACGAGUUAUCGACGGGUGUUGAUACAGGUGACCAAUAAGGAGCUGAGGGGUGGCAGUGAAGGGGCAGACGCAAUUGGGGAUCUGAUAAAGAACCUGUGAAGGAACAUUUCUCGGAUGACCAGCUGGGAUCCAAUGUAAUGGCAACUAGUUAAUUCAAGUCUUCAGCUAGUAUUCAGCAACUAGAGCAAUAUACUGGUCAUGC